GCACAGAGGCCGACACGGUCACAUGAUGAUGAGUGCUAACUGCUAACACGCUAGUAUCGGCUGUCAAAGCGCUGUCAUCUGCCUCCAAGUGCCCCGAAACCUACACUCCUGACCCGGCUUCAGUCUUCGGCUUUUCGUGGGCUCCAAACAAAGACAUUUCCUCUCAUAUCAACACGUAUUGAAUCAUCCAGGCCACGCUGCUGGAUCCCAAGGGUACAGGGACCAAAAGAGGAGCUCCUCAGCUGACCUCAAAGACUGACUCCGGCUGUGGACACCUGUGCAAUGAUGAAAAUGCAAUAACUAUUUACAGGAGCAGAGUGGAUUCGUAAUGACAAGGGGCUGUGCAGAAGAUGUCCACGCUGUCAGUGACUGAUAUCUCAGAUGUUGGUCAUGAUGAGAGGAGAGCAGUGGGUGGGGCCUCAGGGCUACAGCUGGACAGUGUGGAGGAAACAAGUGGGAGUAGCUCCAUGAAGCCCGAUGGCCUGCUGUCUCUGGGUGACCUCCCUCCCCCCAACGGAGACUCCCUCAGCGACAUGAGCGGUGACAUGAGUUGCCUGCCCAUAGAGCCCAACCAUAUCAAACUGGACCCUGCUGCCAGCGACGCUUCUCCCAGUUUAGAUGGUCAGCCGGUGAAGAGGAAGAAGGGCCCUGCUCCUAAGAUGCUGGGGAACGAGGUGUGUAGUGUGUGCGGAGACAAGGCAUCCGGCUUCCACUACAACGUCCUGAGCUGCGAGGGCUGUAAGGGCUUCUUCCGCCGCAGUGUCAUCAAGAGUGCCCAGUACUCCUGCAAGAACAACGGCCGCUGUGAGAUGGACAUGUACAUGCGCCGAAAGUGCCAACAGUGCCGCCUGCGUAAGUGCAGGGAGGCCGGCAUGCUGGAGCAGUGUGUGCUAUCGGAGGAGCAGAUCCGGCUGAAGAAGCUGAAGAAGCAACAAGACGAUGAGUCGGCACGCUCCUCCUCAGUGGUGACCCCCACUCCUCCCCCUGACCCUGCCACCCUGGACCCCCAACAGGAGGACAUGAUCCAGAAGCUGGUGGCUAUGCAGAAGCAAUGCAACAAGAGGUCUUUCCUGGACCGACCCAAAGUUACUCCGUGGCCUCAGAGUCAGGACCUGCAGAACAGAGAGGUGCGGCAGCAGCGCUUUGCUCACUUCACUGAACUGGCCAUCAUGUCCGUGCAGGAGAUCGUGGACUUCGCCAAGCAGCUUCCUGGCUUUCUGGAGCUCACCAGAGAAGACCAGAUUGCUCUGCUCAAGACUUCCACUAUAGAGAUUAUGCUGCUUGAGACAUCCCGGCGGUACAACCCUGCCAUUGACAGCAUCACAUUUCUGAAGGAUUUUAGCUAUAACAAGGAGGACUUUGCAAAAGCAGGGCUCCAGAUUGAGUUUAUCAAUCCCAUCUUUGAGUUUUCUAAAGGAAUGAACGACCUCCAUUUGGAUGAAGCAGAAUACGCCCUGCUCAUCGCCAUCAACAUUUUCUCUGCAGACCGACCCAACGUCCAGGACCAUGAGCUGGUGGAGAGGCUGCAACAGCCCUACGUGGAUGCCCUGCGCUCAUACAUCAUGAUCAAGAGACCAAAUGACCACCUGAUGUUUCCGCGGAUGUUGAUGAAGCUGGUCAGCCUCCGCACGUUGAGUAGUGUCCACUCAGAGCAGGUGUUUGCACUGCGCCUCCAGGACAAGAAACUGCCCCCUCUGCUGUCUGAAAUCUGGGACGUGACUGAGUGAAGGUGACCCAGUGAUGGUGGCCCAGUGAAGGGUCUCUGUGGGCUGCACACACAUUGCUGGCAGAGACUUUCAGCCUGGAGUAAAGAGUAUGCUCCCGUUCAGGCCUCACUAUCUUUUCUUAUGGACACUAGUUUGGAGCCUUUUUCAUUCUAUUGAUUUUGGCUAAUGCGGGUUGGUUAUGGCAAGAUUACCAGCAUCAUUUUAGCUUGUUGCAUUUGAAUAAAUUGUUAAAAUUGAAUAUUGCAAUGGUAUACUAAUAUGGUAAUUGAAAUUCAGUCUGUAUACAUGCAAGCUGCUGAACUCAAAGCCUCAUUUCAAAAAGGUUUUAAAAAUGUGUGAACAUGCAGAUAAGUCCCUUCAUUCACAUUUCUCUCAAUCGCUUUAAUACGCCUGGAUAAUCCAUGUAUUUUUAGAUUUUGGUGCAUGAUUACAGCUUCAAGGGAAAGCUGCUGUUUUGGGCUUCAAUAUUAGAGAGUAUGACUAGCAUAGCAUAAAAUUAAUUUAUGUGCCUUUGGGAUACUCUGUUAACAAGUAAGGAAUGCAUUUCAUGAUAAGUGUGAAAGUCAACAUAUUACAACAAUUGCCAGAUGACAUCGUUACCACAGAGAGGGUAAUGUAAUGUAAUAACAUUCACUUUGCCCUAUGUGACAAUCUGGAGAAAAUGUUAAACAGUGAUUAGUGCAUUUCUGUGUAAUGCAUUUUAGUGCUCAAACACAGAUGUAUCGUAUCCAUGCUACUUUUCCACAUUCACUCCUCGCCGUUCUCUCCAGUGAAAUGUGGUUGCCUGAAGGUUACCUUUAUUUACCUCAUAAAGGGCACAUACAAUUGGUAAAAGCAUAAGUGUAACUGAAGCAGUAUGUAUAUAAACUGAAUGUUAAAGUUGGACAGUGAUACUCCGGAUGUUGAAGCCUAAUCCAGUGAAUGUUCCUUCAGGAGUUACACAGGUGAAAUGAUUAAACUGUAUAAUUUCUUUGGUGGAAAUAUGACAUUUCUGGUAGAAUUUUGUUCAAAAGGGACCCUUUGGUCAUGUGUACAUGCCUAAAUGUUUGCAAAUGGCAUAUUUAACACAGUAUGUUAGAAUGGACAUGGAGAAUGCACAUCCUGAUAGUAUAUAAUUGUAUUGUAAUGCACACCGAAAUCUACAGAGCUUGUAUAGUUGAAAGAAAUGUGACUGAUGCAUUUCCAGCAUUUGGCUGUUAACUUAAUACACUGCAAAAUAGGAAUAUUACUUUCAAUAUUCAUUUUAACUGAUAUUCAUUUUUGCAGUGUAUAACUUUGCAAGGAGCACAGAAUGGUUGACGUUGGUUUAGAAAUUGAUGCUACAAUCUGGGACGGGUCAUUUAUACAUCCACAUUGCUUUGGCUACCAUUGCCAAACAUCACAACAAUACAGUGAACCAAUGCUGCUUUCAGGAUUGAAUGAAUACUUGAUAACUCCUAAUGCAUAAAAAUUGUACAUAUUUGAAUGAAUAAUUAUUAAUGAAUAAUGCUAUACCAUGCUAGAAAUACAAGAUUAUUAUUUAAGUUCCACUUACUUUCUCCUACUUUCUGUCGAAUUAGAAUGCUAUACUUAGCUUCCAACCUACAUGCUAAGAUCACAUUUAUUUGUUGGUUGGUAUAAUUUUUAUUUAACAUAUCAAACUCCAGCUCUGACUGUAAAAUAAACCAAGGGUCAGCAGAAGUUUAAAGGUCUAAUACUUAAAGGUCUAAUACCGGCAGGUCUGGUCUUUACUAAUCAAUAUUCUAAGUUCAUAAAUCAUGAUGUUGUUUGGGUAAUAAUUUAUUUUUUAUAAUUAAAGAGGAUACAAAAUUUACUUUAAAGAGGGGGUAUUAUACAAAAUUUACUUUAAAGACGGGGUAUUAUACAAAAUUGACUUUUUGAUGGAAAAAUAUUGUAACAUUGUUCCCUCAUCAAAAACAUGCCUGAAGAGGUUUUAGAUAUCAUCCAUGUAUGUUUGAUUAUUUUAGCGAUCUCUCCCUGGCCCUACUCAAACCCUCCUUAUGAUUAGCUGUACAACUCUGUGCAAUUUUCCUACGUCACCCAUGUUCCCACACAACAGUUCUCCAUUAAUACACAAAAACAUGAUACAAAACUGUACACAGCAACUGCACAAACCUGAUGUGCGUUACUUUCAUUAGUGGGAAGCACACUCGUUGGGUUGUGAUGGCGCUCUACUGGAGCGGUGAGAGAGUCAAAGCGCCAAAAAAGAAAGUGAAACUUAAAAAUCAUGUUAAUACUUUAUUUUUGGCAAAUAUAGCAUUUUUAAAACGAUAAACGGUAUCAUGGUGAUCUACAUAUGUUGUGUUAGCUGUUAAUACACCAUAGAAGUGUAAUACCCUCUCUUUAACAUGGGCUACUACAAAUCUACAUUCUCCCCUUCUUGACGAUUAUAUUUUGCAACAUGCAUUAAAAAUGUUUGUCACAAAUGAGAACAUUGUAAAGUGUAGUACAAAAUGACAAUAAUAUAAUACAAGUUUCUGUUGUUGAUAAAUGUGGACUUUGCUGCUUUGAAAUUUGGGUGUCAUUUUUCAUUUUAUGGAUUAUACUAAUUGCUUAUUUUAAUGCUAAGACGAGUUCAUGUAUCGUUUAACAAAGGAAUUGCAUAAUUGUUAUUUCAACAUGAGAACAAGAGAAUUUUUGUCAUGUUUGUUAUGUCUAGAUAUCUGGAGCAAACUGUACAUAAGAUCAUUUGUUUCAAUGUAAAAAAUAGAAAUGCAAACUUAUUUUAAUACUUCCUGUCAGUUUUAUAUGUACAGUAUGAAUAAAAGCUAUUCUCUAGGUG